AUGUUUAAGAGCAUCAGCAUGUCUUUGCUUUCAUCGAUUUUUUGGCCUGUUGGUCUUUUAUCUCCAGCAACUGGAGUCUCGCACUCGCAUAGGCAUGGUCAUGACUGGAUGUUGAUUCUGAUUUAUUUUUGGCUCACACCCAUAAAGAAUAAGAUGCGUAAAGUCGACAAAAAAAAGCUUCGAAUCUUUCCAGGUUUUUCAUUGUGCAGGGAAGUGCGAGUAGAAGACAUGGGCACUACAACUAUGGCUCUGCUCUUCUUGGCGGGCACAAGAAUGCAAAGUCGUCCUUUCUUCAGGCAAAAAAAGAAUCUCAACGGUGUCCUUCCUUGCGCGUGCACCAGGAUCUCUCACCUUCUAAAAUGA